AACUUGAUAAGGUUGGGAUUUAAUCUUAUCACCACCUUCAUUUGAUCAUUUGACUUAAGAAAGAAGAGAAAAAGAUCCAAAAACCUCAUCUUUCUCUCAAGAUGGCCGAACCAUCUUCAUCAACCCCUAGGGUCACCAUUUCUUGAUGAAAAUCAACAAUCUUUGAGGCAAAAUGAUCAUGGAGUGAAAGACAUCAAGGUAGACUCAACAAUUUGUAAGUUCCAUGGUUUAUUUUGAUGGUAUGUUGAUUAGAAAGAGUAGGGUUUAUGAGCUAAAUAUUGAUUUCAUUUAUUUGAUUGUAUGUGAGGUGAAAUUAAUGAUUUUGAAGUUUGAAAUUUGGAGAAUUCUUGGAGGUCUUCAUUCUUCCAUGGAGUUACCACAUCACCCAAGAUCGGACGAGCGAAUAUCGACAAGGUUUGAGGCAAACGGAUCGAGAUAUCUUCAUGCUUAUUUGAAGAAUUUGGAUAGCAAGUGGGAUGGUAUGAUAUCAUUUGGAAAGUCAAGCUUCCGAAGUUUUAAUUCUCGGAAGUCAUUUGCACAAGAAGUGAAAGAAGGUUUUCAUUCUAGCAGUCCGCAGUAGUCUAGAUGUUUUUGUCUAUGUAUUUGACUAGCGUAUUUUAACUCUGAUAUUUUUGUAAAAUGGGGUCACAUGUAUUUUGAUAUAUAAAAAAAAAAUGAUGUGAUUUGCGAAAAAUUUACACAGGUUUUUAGGCUUGCUACGGGUUUCGGAGCUACCA